AUUCAGCCCCACCAAUAGGAAGGCCGCAGAUGGGCUCGGACAGCUGCUUCCUGGAGACCGCAGGUGUGGAAGCGAGUCCCGCGCCCCUAACCCCACGGCCUUCAAGAAACUAGCAGGCAGUAAGAAGUAGGACAAGCCCCUGAGGCUUCGCUCAUCUUCCGCGGUGCCUUGAUCAUUACCCAUGACCCUCUUCUGGAAUUCUGAGUGUCUGAUUCCACACUAAUGAUUACUUAAAACUUAUUUCAGGAAAGAUGAAUGUGGGGGUGGCACACAGCGAAGUAAACCCCAACACUCGAGUGAUGAACAGCCGGGGCAUCUGGCUGGCCUAUGUCAUCUUGGUGGGACUGCUGCACGUGAUCCUACUCAGCAUCCCCUUCAUCAGCAUUCCUGUUGUCUGGACCCUGACCAACGUCAUACAUAACUUGGCUAUGUAUGUCUUCCUACAUACAGUGAAAGGGACACCCUUUGAGACCCCUGACCAAGGAAAAUCUCGGCUACUGACACACUGGGAACAGAUGGACUAUGGGCUCCAAUUUACUUCUUCACGCAAAUUCCUCAGCAUUUCUCCUAUUGUGCUCUACAUCCUGGCCAGCUUCUACACCAAGUACGAUGCUGCUCACUUCUUCAUCAACACAGCUUCAUUGCUCAGUGUACUGCUACCUAAGUUGCCCCAAUUUCAUGGGGUUCGUGUUUUUGGCAUCAACAAAUACUAAGGGACUGGAGACAAUGUUGAGACAAAGGGCUGUAACAUACUGGCUUCUCUACAAAAUCUUCUGUGUUCUGAAAGCCUGAGAACUAAAUAUACCACCUUUCCCAAACUCCAAGAAAGAGAACAGAUUCACAAAUGGGGCUCCCUGGCCUUAGGCACCCUAAGAGCAAGUUUCUCUGACUUAAGUAAAAUAGUUGAGAUAACGGCUAAAUCAUUUCACAGCAGGAAGCCAUGGUUGGGCAGCUUAUUUAGUGAUUAAAUUUUUCCAUUAUCUUCCUUCCCACCACCUUCCAGCUCUGGUUUGCUAUUUUCCUUAUAAUAAAGUUUUUUUGUUUUUUUUUUUCCA